AUGCCAGGUCUUGUAGCUCUCCCUGUCCGCCACUCAAGAAAGGAGUUCCCAGCCUAUCAAUGUGUUUGGUGUAUGGAGCCUGAGAGAGCUGUUGGCACGGAGUCGUGGUCUGAAUGGGGGGCAUCGCGAGUGGAUUUGCAUAAUCUGUGGCGUGGCACUGGUGCACAGACACAGAGAGAGACGGUGCCAACCAGUCCAAGGUUAGAGCUCCAUCCUGAGGUAACACGUGGAGAGGUCCGGAGGUUGUGGUCCUCAUUGUUCACUCAGCAGGAUGGAUCUGUGGACUUUCAACAGUUUAUACGUCACUUUGGCCCAUCUCCCAAAUCCUGCUGUUACCCCAAUGCCAAGCACAAUCCCCCCAAACGUGGAGACAAUGACUUCAUGCGCCUCUCCAAAAGACUCAACUGCGUCUCAGAUAUAUUAGUGGAUGCUCUACGGGCCAAGGUGGAGUUGUCUGUUUCUGAGCUCUGGACGGAGUUCUCCGAAAUUGAUUUUUCUGGAACAGGUUUUGUUAGCAGUGAUGAAUUUAAAGACAUCCUUAUGAGUCUCUGUGUUCAUCUCAGCCAGUAUGAGUGUGAUCUGUUGGCCAAGAAGUUUGACAUCAACCAUGAUGGCAGCGUGUCCUACACAGAAUUCCUCAAGCCUUUUCUAUCCCAGAGUCAAAUAUGGAAGCAUGGAUCCAACAUGGCAGCUGCUCUGCAGACUCCCAGAGAAACUAAAGAAGUUGCCACUCCGGAAACAUUAAGUCGCAAGAUCAGGAAAAAGCUCCAGCGUAAGGCCAGGGCUCUUAGCAAGGCCUGUGCCCGGCUCGAUGGCUCUAGCACUGGGCUUCUGUCUGCAGCUGAGCUGGGUGCUGUGCUACAGCUGUUUGGAGUGUGUCAGAGCCAGGAAGAGCUGAGGAGUGUGCUCUCUACCCUUCACAAACACCCGUCUGGACUCCUGGACUACCGCCCGCUGCUAAUGGACAAACACAGGACAUCCAGUCACAACCAGCAGACCAAGCACCAGCUCAGCCAUAGGAGUCAAUAGGUCAGAGGUUUAAAACAAAUUUUAGCUACAUUGAGAAAUGCAAGAUACUAUUUCAACUAAACAUAUUAACCCAACUGGCUUCAUCCAUAAAUAAAG